CCCGAUCAGACUUCACCGGUUUCAUCCCUUGCUAUACACUCCCCACUUCCCAUUUCUCCUGUAGAGCGAUUUGAGAUCAAGAGCGGGGGCGCUCAUUGAAAGACCUAUCAUCCCCGCUAGCCCAGAAGGAGCAGCGAUAUGGCUGCUCCGCUUAUCUCUCCAUCUCAAGCAUCGGCUCUUCCAUGGGGCGAGACCCCUUUGCCCAAAAACUAUCCUGAUCGUCCAAAUCCCUUUAAAACGAUUGGCAUUCCCGAUCCUUGGCGUGUGCUGGAAGACUAUGGAUCCAAAGUCACGAAGCGCUUCGUUGCGGAGCAGAAUGCCCUCACAGCACCUCGUCUGCAACAGCACCCCUCGCGGGCUAGACUAGAGACAGCAGUGAGCCGGUCGCAGGCGUAUCGAAAGAUCUCUUGUCCUCAGCUGCAGGCAGAUGGCUACUACUACUGGCUUCACUGGGGCGAAGAAGGAGAAAGAGGGGUGAUGGUCCGCUCCAGAAAUGUAGCGGAGGAUUUUGGCAAGGCUCCUGGCUCCUCGCAUCACAAGUUGACUGCAAGGCCUCAGCUGGUCUUUGAUCCGGCGCAGGAGGGACAGCAUACUUCCCUCUACGAUCACAGCUUUAGUCCGUGUGGCACACGGUGGUGCGCUGUACUCCAAGACGGUGGAUCGGACUGGCAGCGGCUGCAUACAAUAGACAUGUCUUCUGGGCAGCCAGAAUCGAUCGGCCAAGACGUGGAGCAUUCGAAGUUUACGUUCGGAGCCACUUUUCUGUCGGAAGAUGAGUUCCUCUACAAACGCGCUCUGCAGACCGACUGUCCGUCCAGGCCCGGCGAAGGUGUUCCGGCCAAACCUGAUGGGGACUUCGGUCUCUUUUACCAUCACCUCGGCAACGAGGCUAGAGCAGACAGCGUCAUCCUCGGCAUCAGUGGGCGCAUUGUCGGCAAGCCAGUCUUAUGCCAGUCCCUUAUGAACACUAAUGAUCGUGCCCGGCGGCGGCAAUGGCUCUUUGUAGAUUGGUACGCCAAUACGAACCCCGAGACGGAAUCCUUCUUGAUUGAGCUGCCUUCCGAGAAGAAGGGCCACCUCAAGGCCGCCUCGCUGGCCACAAUUGUUGAGACCGGGAAGCGCUGGCUAUCGAGGGGAUUUUUGGGCCUCACCACUUAUAUAGGAAGUUCAGAUACAUGUCACAUCUUCCUAUCCACCUGCGAUGGGCACACAAAAGGCAGAAUUGUGUCCGUCGACUUUGACGCCCUCGAUGCUACCGCAUUAGAUUCACAAAUACCCUAUCAUGAGCUUAUACCGUCCACUGAGGAUACCCUUCAAUCUGCCAACCUGGUGGGCAGUCACGCCGGAUCACAGGUACUCGUGCUUGUCUACCUGCAACACGCCUCAUCUGUACUGGCUUUUCACGAUGCCCGCACGGGGACCAGAUUGGCUGACCUACCCGGUAACUUGAUUCCUGCGUGUGCUGACAUUUCUCAGAUCUCUUCACGCGCGGAUGCAGAUGACUUCUAUAUUGCUAUUCAGUCACUCACUGCUCCACCUCAGGUGCUGAUCGGCAAGAUGGACCAAGAACAGCACAUCACACUAGCCACUCUGGCGGACCAAACGUCCUUUGCGGAUGACUAUGUCCACGUUCAGCUUCCAGAGGAGGCACUAGUCUGCACAAAGCACUUCUACAAGAGUUUCGAUGGGAUCCAGAUCCCUCUCUUCCUCUGCCACCGCACUGAUCUCGACUUGCAGACGUAUCGUCAUCCCACGCUUCUGCAUGCCUACGGUGGCUUUGCCCAACCGCUCCUGCCCUUUUACGAUCCUCUCUUCGUGACCUGGAUGCUCGAAUGUCGGGGCAUCGUCAGCCUAGCUUGUAUCAGGGGAGGGGGCGAGUACGGCAAAGCCUGGCAUGAAGCGGCGCGCGGUCCCGGGCGGCGUCCGACGUCCUACAAGGAUCUCUUAUACGCUGCGAAGUUUCUACAAGAGGAGCUUAGUGUGACAACGCCGGCACUGACGGCGAGCUACGGAAGCUCCAACGGCGGCACUCUCGUGGCAACAACGAUGAACUCCUCGCCUGAGCUCUUCGGAGCAGUGCUGUGCGACGUUGGUGUGCACGACAUCUCCCGUUUCCACCUCUUUACAAUGGGCCGGCUCUGGAAGGGAGAAUAUGGAGAUCCGGAUGUACCUGCGGACCUGGAGUUGAUGCUGGAAUGGUCGCCGCUGCAUACUGUGCCCAAGCAAGGGACGGUGAGACAGCCGGCGGUACUUAUUACGACGGCAGAUCAUGAUGUGCGGGUGAUUGCGGGGCACUCGCUCAAGCUCUUGGCGGAACUGCAGAGCAAUAGGAGGUUGGGUGGAGAGGAUGGCUUAGCGCUUGGACGUAUCUACACGAAUACUGGCCACGAAUCCGGUGCGAAGAGUCGUCACCAGAUCAUGGAGGAAGCCGUAGACAGGCUGGUCUUCCUCGUCUCUAGUCUACCGGGACCGUUGCCUGCUGCAGCAACUGCAAGUGCAGUCAAAGGGUGUGUGAUCUGCUAGGCUAUGGGUAGAUGAUGAGUCUCAUAGUGCCUAUCGUGCGAUACGACAGAGCUUCUAUGUAGAUUGGGACUGAGGUGUGAUAGAGAUAGGCGACAGGCGGCCCAUAAUGUACGCACUGUAUGUUCUUUCUAUUGAGUAUGAUGAUGAUGAUAAUGAUGAUAAUGAUGACAAUGGGGAUAUGAUCACGAUAAUAUGACCCACGCUCGGCUCCGUAAGACUCAGCGACAUGCUCAUGCACUCAGAGCCGCCUCCACCAGCUUCAAGCAC